ACAACCUACCUCCAUCCAACCCACCCGAACCAUCACCACCACCCACCAAUUGAAUCAAAAUGCCCCCAAUACCCCCCCUCCAACUCCAACUCCGCGCCGCCGCCCGCGCCCGCACACAAUGUCUCCGCCAAUCCCGCAUCCCCAGCACUCCCCGAACCAUCCGCAACACCAGCACAACCACCAACCCCAAAAACCCCCUCCGCACCACCCCCUCCCCCCGCAGCCGAGACCAAGACCUCGCGCGCACAAAACGCUCCAUCUACAUCUCGACCAGCGGAAUCAUCCUCUGCGCGGUGGGCAUGUACGCCGUGAUUAAAGCGGAUGUGUUUGGAUUGGAGCAGACCACUACCACCACCACCACGGAGACCGGAAAUGAGAAUAAGCAGGAUGGAGAAGGGAAUGGGGCAAUGAAACUCGACGGCCCGGUGGGAUUCCCAGGGAAUCCUACAUUAACGAUCAUCCAUGGCGAAGAUGGGGAAGGGGAGAAGGUGGAGACAGGGACGAGUUCAGUUCCGUAUUUUCCGACGGUGAUGAGACUUCCGCGGUGGAUUGAGAGUGAUGAUACCCCUGUGCAAUCGGGAGAAGAAAUCCCUCUUGUCAAGAAGGAUGCUGCAGAGGAAGAAGGAGAAGAAUACCAACUCCUCGGCCUCGGCAUCCGCACCGUCUCCUUCCUCAAUUUCCAAGUCUACGUGGUAGGCAUGUAUGUCGCGAAAUCCGAUCUGGCGGAACUGCAAUCGCGACUGGUGCGGACGGCGGUGCAUCCGCCUCAUGUGGAAGACGGCGGGGAGAAAGUGAUCGCGAACGAAGUUGGGGCUGCGGCCGCGACAUCGCUGGUGUCGAUGGAGCGGGACCGGUUGCGGGAGUUAUUGCUGGAUCAGGCGGAGCGGGGGGAUGAGGCGUGGGAGGGGAUUUUGAAGGAGGGAGGACUGCGGACGGCGUUUCGGAUCGUGCCGACACGGAAUACGGAUUUCUUGCAUUUGAGGGAUGGGUGGGUGAGGGGGAUUACGGGACGGGCGAAGAAGUAUAACCCGACUUCUGGAGGGGAGUUUGAGGGUGAGGGGUUUGGGAAGGCUAUGGGGGAGUUUAAGGGGUUGUUUAGUGGGGCGGGACAGAAGAAUGUGCCCAAGGGACAGACGUUGGUGUUGGCGAGGGGGAGGAAGGGUCAAUUGGAUGUGUUGGUGUGGGGAGAGAAGGGACCGGGCAGGUAUAUGGGCCGAGUGACGGAUGAGAGGAUCAGUCGGUUGGUGUGGAUGAAUUACCUGGCGGGGAAGAAUGUCUCGAGUGAGGGGGCGAGACGGAGUGUGGUGGAUGGGAUCAUGGGGGUUGUGGAACGGCCGGUUGGGACUGUAUAGCCCCCUCUCCUCUUCUCUUCCUCAUCCUCUAGAUUGACUCGUGUAGUCCAUGUAUAAUCAGUGUACGAUACGAAUAUACCAUCAUCCCACUCAUCCCAACCCCUACAAGCC